CUUUCACUUCCUCCAUGUGUUUGUGUCUGAUGCGUUAGAAUUGUUGCUGCUUUUCUGUAUUUAUGUACUGUACCACUGAUUGUCAGUCUUUGCUUUGGUCAUGAAUGGGCCUUUUCGUUCGUGAUGUUAGUGAACACAUUUUUCUGUAAUCUUGUUCGAUAUUUUUCUUGCAGAAUGGGGAAUUUUAUGUCAAGUACAUCAGGAACCUUCUCAAAGACAAAAUCUGCUAGUUUUGUUCAGGAAGUGGUUGAUCAUAACUGCAUUGUGAUAUUUUCUAAAACCACAUGCCCCUACUGUCAUAUGGCAAAGAAUGUAUUUAAUGAAAUUGGAAUUUCAUACAAAGUGAUUGAAUUGGACCAGCAUCAAGAUGGAAAGCAGCUUCAGGAGGUUUUAGGUGAAAUGACUGGUGAGAAAACGGUACCAAGAGUGUUUGUAAAUGGAUGUUGUAUUGGUGGCGGUUCAGCGACAAAGGAACUUCAUCAAAAGGGAAAACUUUUGCCAUUAAUUGAGCAAUGUGCAAUAUCUUCUAGUGGUGCUUAUCAUUCAUCGCCUAAUUGACUAGGAAUGUCUGCUAAUUUGCACAUUACAAAUAAUGACUUUAGGUAUGUGUAAUGUGUAGAAGUUUACAGAACUUUAAAUUCAGUAUUUAUAUAUACUAUAAAUACACCAUACACUGAGUUUGUGUGUGUUUAUAUAUAUAUAUAUAUAUAUACUGUACAUAUAUAUAUAUAUAUAUAUAUAUAUAUAUAUAUAAACAUCAUUUGUGUGGUAUAUUUCAUUAUAUGAGAUUUCAUUUUUCCAAUCCCACAAAAUAAAACAGAGUACCUUAAGUGUUUAAACAGGACAGACUAGUGAUGUGCCAAAAAAUUCAGUCAGCUUUAUAAUUUUAUGUGGAAAACUGUUAAAUGUAUUAAAAAGUAAAUAAAUAUGCUAACAGAUGCAAA